AUGCCCUGUUUACAUACGUCUAUUCCCACCGGCUCCUGGAUCCUGAUGACGGGUGCCAGCGGCUUCCUCGCCUCUCAUAUCUGCCUUCAAUUCCUGGGAAGGGGCUUCAAGGUCCGAGGCGCCGUUCGUGAUCCAACCGAAUCCUCAUGGCUCUUGGAAGGCCGCUUCAAGCCCUACGCCGACACGGGCGCCAUCGAGCUUGUCUCAGUCCCUGAUCUCGGCGCAGAUGGCGCCUACAACGUGGCAAUCAAAGGCGUUGCCGCUGUCGUUCACACAGCCUACGUUACCAACAUUGUCCCUGACCCAAACGCCGUCAUCACCCCCAUGGUAACCGGCGUUCGGUCCAUCAUGAACGCUGCCAUCCGCGAGCCCUCAGUCAAGGCGGUCGUGUUCACCAGCAGCGCGCUUACUGCCUCGCCGCUUGCUCCUGGUGUCGACAAUGGCACCAUCGGGCGAGACUCGUGGAAUGAUGCUGUCCUUGAAGCGGCAUGGGCACCGCCUCCGUAUGGCAUGUCCCAUGCCAUGGCCAAAUACCCUGCCAGCAAGGUGGCCGCUGAGAAAGAAGUAUGGAAGAUUGUCGAGAGACUCGGAAAUGACCUCCACUUCAAUGUCAAUGUUGUGUCUCCCGCGGGCUUGACCGGCGAGCCGCUCAACAAGAAACAUAUUGAAGGGCAGGCCAACUGGGUGGUUCACGCCUACAGGGGCAACAAAGCGGCUAUGGAUGCAUUGCCGGCAUCCUUCUACGUCGAUGUGAAAGACGUGGCCUUGAUACAUGUGGCAGCGGUUCUGGAUCCCGAGAUCAACAAGGCACGAAUCCAAGCUUGGGGCCAUAGUGCUCACUGGAAUGAGAUACUCGCUAUACUGCGGAGGCUUCGUCCGGAGAAGAAGUUUGUCGAUGACUACCCCGAUGCGCAGCAUCUCAAGGUGUCAAUCGACCAAACAGAGGCUGUGGCGCUCUUGAAGAAGUGGUCCGACAAACCAGACAAGAAUUAUGACGGAUGGACGUCGUUGGAGGACAGCAUCUUUGAGAAUAUCACGAAUCCAUACCUUGAGGGAUGA